GGGGCGCGGCGGGCGCGGGCGCGGCGCUCCCACCCCGCGGGGGGCGGUGCUGCUGACGGCGCCAGCCCCUCCGGACCGUCCGCACCGCUCCCGGCGGGCGUCCGGUGACACGCGGCGGGUCGGGUUUCCCCGCUGGGAGCACCGGGCAGUGCAUGGGCGCUCUUCCCCAGCGGGCACGGUCGCGCUCCCCCUAAUCCCCCCGCCGGCUGCGCGAAGGAGGACGACGGAGCAUGCCACCGGCGGGGCGGUUCCGCGGGGACUGACAUGCAGCUGAAGGAGGGCAGGCGCCAACCCCUCCGCCUCCCCCGCGGUAGCGGAGGCGAUGCUGCAGGGCGCUCCUCGGGCUCUCCCGCAGCCGCCAGGCUAUCCCCCACAGCAGCCGCGCUCGCUGCCGUGAGCGGCGCGGCUUCGGCCCGGCCGAGGCGACGAGCGGCGCGGGCCCGCACUCGUGCCCGGGGCGGCGGCGGCGGCGGCGGGGAAGGCGCUGUCCGCGCCCGCGGGCGGCUCCGCGCGGCGGAUGCGUGUGCAUGAGCGCUGCACCGAGCGGGCGCAGGAAGCGCCCCCGCUCCGCCGCCUCCAUCUUCCAGGGCAGCAGGACCUCGCCGCACGGCCGCGACAGCGAACGCCGGGGCAGCGGCUCCGAUAGCGCCUACCAGAUCCAGAGAACCCUGGACGACUGUAAGAUGCUUGUCCAGGAGUUCAAUACCCAGGUGGCUCUCUAUCGGGAGCUGGUCAUUUCUAUUGGGGAUGUCUCAGUCACCUGUCCUUCUCUGCAUGCAGAAUUGCACAAAACUCGAACCCGAGGAUGUGAGAUGGCCUAUCAGGCUCAUCAAAAACUAGCAGCAAUUUCUGGUCCAGAAGAUGGUGAAAUCCAUCCUGAAAUCUGUAGACUAUAUAUCCAGUUGCAAUGUUGCUUAGAAAUGUACACAACAGAAAUGCUAAAGUCCAUAUGUCUGCUAGGAUCGCUGCAGUUUCAUCGGAAAGGAAAAGAACCUUGUGGCCCACCCAAGAUCUUAGAUACUAAAGUGGAGGAGAGUUCUGAAGUACCUAUUUUAGAAGACACAUCAUUAUCACCAACAGAUAUUCAACAGCAUCUAUGGCAGGUUUCCACAGAUAUUGAAAACACUGAAAGAGAUAUGAGAGAAAUGAAAAACCUUUUAAGUAAACUCAGGGAGACUAUGCCUUUACCAUUGAAAAAUCAAGAUGAUAGCAGCCUCCUAAACUUGACUCCCUACCCACUGGUAAGAAGACGGAAGCGAAGAUUCUUUGGAUUGUGUUGUCUUGUCUCAAGUUAGAAGAUUAGGCACAGAAGCACCAAGGAAACCAUGACUUUGAUUAAACCACUACUAUUUGACCACUGAAAAGAUGAAAGUCGCUAAUAUUGAUUAUAAAGUAUAUUUUCAACACUAGGCUAUUCAUUUUUGUCUUCUGCUCCAUCCCCCUUUUCAAAUAAGAGUUUCAAUACUUUCAAAUUAUGGUGAUCAAAAAUGGCUGUGGAAUAGAUCUAGCAUAUUUAAAACUUUUUAAAGUAUGUUUUGCAUGCUUACUUUCAAUCACUCAAAGACACAUUAAUUAUGAUUCAUAUAUAAUUUUAGAGGGUUUUUUUCAUUGUUUGAGCUGCAGCUAAAGUUUGUGUGUAGUACAGUACUCUUACUAGUAUCAUAUUAAAAUCAUACUCUAACAGUCUUUAAGCAUAGGAGAAGAACAUUUGAUCAUUCUCUCACAGUCUUUAAGCAUAGGAAACUAUUUAAGAGCAAAACUAUUAAAGUUCUAAGACAUUCAAACAAUAUUGUAACAGAGUUUGUACAAAAUCUCUAGUUGCUUUUUUUGUGCUCUCAUUCAUAUUUAGUCUUCCACUGUAUCUCAACUUCAAAGCUUUAUAGAAAAAUAUCUUAAUUUAUGAUAAAAAAAACAUAUAUGAAAAUAGGUAGGACUUGUAAAUACAGAGAAAUCAUAAUAUCUAUAAACUGUACAAUGCUUAGAAACAACAAAUUUCUUUUUCAGGCAAUAGUAUAUCCUCAAGCUUUUGAAAAAAGUAAAUAAUUUAUUAAAAGAAGGUGUAUUAAAAUAAACAGUGUAAAACACAAUGCCAACCCAUUUUGUUGCCAGUAGAAUUCAAAGCAUGGUGUCUGCAUAUCAAGUAUUGAUCUUAUAAGGCAUGCCAAAAUUAUCGCAGACUGUAAGAUACUAAACGUUUUACAUUGUUAAUAAAGUUUUUUAUUUAAAUCAAAUGUUGUCUUGUUUCUAGUUGUAUUGCCAGACUAUGUAGUUUUUUCUAAUUUUGUUGUCAGAGUACUACACAAAUUUGUGACAAUAUUUCCAUUUCAACAAGGAUAUUUACAAAGAGAGAUAUAAAAAAUAUGCAUGACUAAAUUCUUUAAAUAGCACCCAAAAAGGUAACUUCGGUGUGUUUGAAGAUUUCAGGUCAUGAACUAUACUUAAGCAUAUAUAUUCCUAAGCCUCUGAAAUGGGGAGAUUCCUAUAGACACAAAACUUGUGCUUGUGAGAGCAAACAUUUUUAAGAAGAAUGGAAUUGAAGUCCACAGCACAAGUUUUUUCCGAGUUAAUUCCUUAAAGUUUUCUGCACAUUUCUCAUGAACCUUGUGCUCACUAAUCAGAGCUGUUGUCCUUAACAUUUAGCACUGGCAUGUUUUCAUGAGAAGUCUCAAAGCAGUAGACUCACUCUAUGAUUCUAUCUCCACAGAUAGAUACACUAGAUUUUGCAACUGCUAAAACUUUGGAAAACAACUCCUGGUGUCUAAUAGCUAUCAAAAAUACUGUCUGCAAAACUGAUCAGUAGCUACAAUUAAACGAUUAAUUUUUUUUCAGCAUAAGUGAAAGACAUUUAUGCCAAAAAAAGUGUAUGAAUUCAAGACUGAAUGUACAGUGAUGCCAUGAGAAAGAAAGGGGGAAAGAAAAUUUCAUAGAUUUCUUUAAAGGUUCUGGUUUUUAGUACACACAGAGAAUCAGAUGGGCAGAUAAAGCAGUGACCUUGUCUAAUUCAUUACCUGCCCAUAUAUCAUCACAAGGAAUUUCUUGUGCCAAGUUACAUGACAGCUCAUAUCUCUGUGUUUUAACCACAGAUAUUGCAAUGGAAUAUACAUUACUGACACAAAUGUGUAAACAUCUUAAUAUUACCAAGCUCUUGACAUCAGUCAUAUCACAGAGAGUUCCUUAACUUCAGUGGGAAGUAUCACAUUCUGGGAUAGACUUGAACAUGUUCUCUUCAAAGCCCUUUAAGAUUGCAGUAUAUUGAAGUGUACAGUGAUAUGUGUCCUUGUACCUUUCAUUAUUCUGGAAACUUUGGCAGUGUUUCUUCUUCCUCAGCUAAAGACUGCAAAAAUCACAGUCUUUGUUCAUUUUGAAGCCUUUCUAUAAUUCUAAGCAAUCUAGCAUCUUACCUGAAGCUUUUUGUAUUGCUGCUAAUCCUAAUUAGAGACAUGCUGUAAUUCCCAAGCUUUAUAGCCACUUAAGGAAUAUUGGUGCUCAAGGGUGAAUAGAAGUUCUCUUAACAUCUAGUGACAUGAAUCAAGUCCUGGUAAGUAUCUGAAUUGAAGAGGUGUCAAGGGAUAAAAAUUGGUUUACUUAGGAAUGCAGUGGAUUAUCUUUUACUACUUCAAAAGGAAAUAAGAAAACUUUUUAAGCCAACAUGAUAUUGGUAAAAGAAAGAUAAAAGUUAAUGAUAUUACUACAUUUUAGUUUAAUGGAAUACAGCAAUGUAGGAUCAAAGCUUAAAAGCUCCCUCAACGAAAUUAUAUACAAAUUAUUUAGAGAUUAUUUAGAACUAUUAUUUACUUUCCAAGUACUUUGAAAUACUUCACUUUAAACUCCUAAAGGUGUGGAAACAAGCAAUUCAGAGAGAAUACUGAGGAAAGCAGCACUUGCUUUCUAAAUCCUUCUUGGAGUUUGAACUUUUUAGUUGAAAGCGUUAUGAGUUAAAGGCACCAUAAUUAUUUUGCAGGGCAGGAAGCAAGUAAAAAUUCCUCUUCCCACCAAAUAUGUCAAGUUUCACCAACUUUUUUAUUUUACUAAAACUUUGUGCAGCUCCAGCUUUUCAAAUUCUUUAUAGCCACCUUCC